CCUGUUCACCCAGCUGCACCACACAUACGAUGACUUGGUCUUCUCAAAGACUGACAUUCUCUUUCUCGAAACAAGCAAAAGUGAGAAGUUGUCAAGGAAGUAAACGAGAGAGACCUAGAGGAAAUUCAGGCUGAGCUUUGAGUUUUUGCAGGGUGCUGGCAUCUGUCACCACCACAGCCAGGAGAGGAGACAGGACCAUGUGGCUGUUCCCUGCUCUACUCCUCUUCCUCCCAGGCUUCUCCACUGCUCAGGAUCCAAUCACAGGUCCAGACAUGGUGAGCAGUCAGGAGCAGGGCUCCUUGACUGUGCUGUGUCCUUAUGACUCAUCCUGGAAGGAUUACAAGAAGUACUGGUGCCAAGGAGCUGAUUGGAGUACAUGUGAGAUCCUCAUUCACACUGAUACAUCAGAGCAGUUGGUGAAGAAGAACCGUGUGUCCACCAGGGACAACCAGACAGACUUCAUCGUCACAGUGACCAUGGAGGACCUGAGAAUAAGCGAUGCUGGCAUUUACUGGUGUGCGAUUGAGAGAACUGGACGUGAUCCCCAUUUUAAAGUUAAUGUGAAUAUUGACCCAGCCCCAGAAACUAUAAUGACAAACAUGACUCCAGUUCUGACAACCACACCAUCAACCACCAUGGCCUCAGUUCUGACAACCACACCAUCAACCACCAUGGCCUCAGUUCUGGCAACUACACCAUCAACUACCAUGGCCCCAGUUCUGACAACCACACCAUCAACUACCAUGGCCCCAGUUCUGACAACCACACCAUCAACCACCAUGGCCCCAGUCCUGACAUCCACACCACCAACCAUGGAGAACUUUGGCAAAUGUGGAGAGGCCCAUACCAGCACCCUCAUCUGGUCCCUGCUGAGCAGCAUCUACUUCCAGCUCCUGGUCUUUCUGGAGGUGCCCCUGCUCCUGGGCAUGCUCAGUGCGGUCCUCUGGGUGAACAGGCCUCAGAGGUGCUCUGAGGGAGGUGAAGUUGGCCUGGUGAAAGUCCACAGUUCUGAUGCCUGGUACAGAGAGAAAUACCUCCAUGUAGAUAGAAAAUAAUCUGUCUAUCUAUCUAUCUAUCUAUCUAUCUAUCUAUCUAUCUAUAUCUAGUGUGUGUGUGUGUUUACAUUGUGGUUGCAUAUGUGUAUGUAGAGGACAAAAUUGGGUGUCAUUCCACUAAUGUCUGAGACAGGAUUUCUCACUGGACUGGACCUUUGCCAUGUAGGCCAGGCUAGUGAUGGGGAACUCCAGGGACCUACCUGCCUCAGUUCCUAUCUUGCCAAUAUGAGCACACACAACUGCCCUAGCUUUAACACACACACACACACACACACACACACACCAAAACAAAACCAUAGGUUGUAGUGAUUAAACUCAUGUCUUUGUACUUACAAGGAAGGCAUGCUCUUUACCAACUGAACCGUCUUUCCAGCCAAGAAAAGAAUAUUUCUAUGAGGAAAUGACUGUGGUCAGCAGUACCAUGACUCUGGGUUCUGUGGGUCCAGCCUCAGACUACUCCCUCACCCUAUACCAGGGACAGCUGAGGUUCUGGAACCCACUCAGGUUCUCCCUCUCAGAACAUCCUACAGUGCCUUCUGAGGCCUUUCUUCCUCUGAUGGCCUCCAGUGGAGUAGAAAAUACAAAAAAAGUCAUGUUUCUUUUUAGGGCCCCAGUUCCUUGGAGGACACAUGUCAUCCCAAGUCUGUGGGCCACCAGCCAGGUGUUUGACCAAAUAUCUGGGAAAUGAGGCUUCACCAAGUGGCAUAAAAAAUUGCCACGGUCAUAUGGAUGUCUGUAGUUUACACAGAGAAGACACUGUAUUCUCUUUUUUGUCAACACAACCCAGGGUUGUGCAUUCCAAACACAGAUGGAGCAGUUGGCUGAGUCUCUGUGCACCUGUUCCCACGGGGUAGCUCAGUCUGGGUCCCUGAAGUCUAGACUCUCUGCCCAGUGAGACCAAAUGGGGAGUGAACUGGGUGAAGGCUGCUGUCCCCUCAGGAGUCACGAGCUCAUGUCACCCCGUGGACCCCUCUAGGGCCGGUCUCCACACCAGGUCACUCCACUGUCCUCCUGUUCCUUCAGAAGCAUCUGUUCAAUGUCUAAGCACUACGCACCAUCCAAAUACAAGCUUCAAAAUGAGAAAGACCUGGUUAAAUCCACAGAGGAAGCUGAAGGUUCAAAGGCAAAGGCUCAGCUGGAAAUAGUUGUUCCCAGCUCUCCAGCCUCAGCCAUGCUGAGUUAUGCACCCCACAACACGCAGUCUGCUUAUCAGGCUGGGUUCUGACACCCACAGCCCAAACUCACAUCUAACACGGGUGUGCUCCCCACUUUGUGUGGGAAGAGACCCCCUGUGAGCAUCUCCUCCUGGAUGACAUGUUUGGACCUCUAUCGAGUCUGCCUUAGUUGAGAGGAGGCUUUUCAUUGCUUCAGUGGUGUAGGCGCUGGUCAGCUGCCCAUGUCCAGUAAAUAAUUCCCCCACCCACACUCGAUCCUAAUUAAACCCAGUGGAACACACACACACACACACACAAACACACACACACACACACACACACACACACACACACACACACACACACACACGGUAUGUAAUCAAAAGAAGUGCUCAUUACAUGAAGGUAAUGGCACUUGCCAUUAAUCCCAACAGAUCUCUAAAUUCAAGGCCAGCCUGGUCUACAGAGUGAGUUUCAAGACUACAGGGAGAAAUCCUGUCUCAAA